AUGGCUGACCCCACAUUUUUCAGAACCCUCUUUGACUCUGUUAACAGAUCCGAAGGGAUCGUUGAGCUAUGGAAUAAUUUGAAAAGUCAAGAGUCACACGAGGCCGAAGAGCAAGAAGAUAUGCAAGAUGGCAUCUGUGAUCUCGUACUCGAAAUUUCCGACCCCGAUGCCUUCAAUAAUGAGUAUGCUCAUCUCAGCGGUCUAGCCGCGCUUCCUAGGCCGGGACGAGUCCACGAGAGAACUUCUGCUGCCCCCAAACAUGAUACAGCUAAACUGGCUGGAAGAGCAGAAGUUUCACUUCGGACAGCUAUGAGGUUCGAUCGAGUCGGUCUGAUCGAAACGGAAGAGGAGGAGCCGGACUGGGACGCUCAGACAGGCCAACCAUUCUUCGCCGGCUGGGAUGCCCUUGUACCGUACCAGCUUCCUGAAUCCCGGAAUAUUGUGCAAGAAGUCGUUGAUAAUCAUCAAGAAAGGUGGGAUAACGCCAAAAUCAAUGUGGAUGCUGGAGUUGGCGGUGGCGGGCUCGAGGGGUUCUUUGGGAUUAUCCAUGGCUGGUUUCACCCUACAGAGUGGAUCAGUCUCUAUCGUGCGAAAACUCGCAACAUCUACGCCUGGGCCGGACGAAAUGCAUCUAACUCUGAAGACUCUGCUACUUUGGCUAGUCUUGAGAGCCAAUUGUUCGAUAUAACCAAGUACCGCGGCACUUCUGAAUACAUGACCGUCCUGACUUAUGGUGAGAGUUAUUAUGGCGUCGCCACGCUCUUGAGAGUUUCACUAAAACCUCAAGAAGAAUUGGCUUUAAUUCUUGAGCCGCUUGCAAUGAUGAAGGAUGUCCCCAAGCAGGUCCUUCAGAUCAUGCAGGGAGGGGUGUCUUCAAUCAUCAAGCUCGUACAAAGAGGCGACAAAAUAAGAUGUAUUGAGACGGGAGGACAGGACUAUGCGGCCCCAGCUCUAAUCACUACUGUUGGCACGACUCGGAGAGGGAAAAUGUUCAAAGUUCCUUGGGAUAUCGGUGAUGGUUGGAGGCACGCUCUAGGAAUCCAACAUGAUCAAGCAAAGGAGAAGAAUGGCAUUGUUGCCACUAUUCCGCAGAUGAUGGCCCUGUUACAUCUAAAAGGAUCCGGCCUUCAUGAUUUGGAAUCUUCUCCUAUGGAAGGGUUCUCGGUCCCCCUAGAAGCUAAUCCUCACAAGGACGACAAUGACCAAUUGGCACCUCGCUGGGAAAUUCGUCGGGGCCUUAAAAUUUUGCAUGGGCCACAACGAGAAGGGCACUUUGGUAACAAGGUUACCGUUGCGGUUAUCUUCCCUCAAGACAGCCUGUGGGCACGUGAAAAGGUACUUUGGGCAUAA